ACGUAAUUCUCGAUUGGUGGUAGUGCAUUGGAUAUUUUCAAAUGAUAAACCGCCUUUCUCGUAAUCUGUAAAACUGUUACAUUUUGAACAGAAAUUUAGGUUAUUUCAUUGUAUUUUGUGUUAGAUCUUUCUAAAAAUUAUGACAGAAACUCAGCAAAAAACAAAGUGUAUUACGUUGAAAGGUUCAGCAGAGUUGGUUAAAGAAUAUCUUCUUUAUGGAGUAAACAGCAUUUUAUACCAAAGAGGUAUUUAUCCGCCAGAAACGUUUGAACAUGCUGAACAUUUUGGUUUGUUCGUUUUGAUGUCGACGGAUGAAAAGAUCAAAGGAUUUUUAAAUACUGUUCUUGGUCAGAUUCAAGAAUGGCUUAUUCAACGAAAAGUACAAAAGAUAACACUUGUUAUAACAAAUGUAAAUACCAAAGAAGUUUUAGAGAAAUGGGAUUUCAAAGUAGAUUACGAAGGUCAGACUUCUAAUGGUAGUAAUGACAAUACGAACAAUAGUUUUCCGGAAGUGGGUACAAAGGAUGUAAAAACUAUACAAAAGGAGAUUCGUGAAGUCAUACGUCAGAUCACAGGUACUGUAAGUUUUCUUCCAUUAUUAGAUUGUUUAUGCUCAUUUGAUAUUUUGACUUAUACCGUACCUGACUGUGGUAUUCCUAAAGAAUGGGAUGAAACACAACCAGUAUUUAUCGCGAACAGUCAAGAAGUACAGUUAAGAUCAUUUUCAACUUCUCUCCACAAAAUGGAUACCAUAGUUAGCUAUAAGAAUGUUUAGGUAUUAUAUAUUUUUUCUUGAUAAUUGAUAUGUAUAUAUGAAGCAUAUGUUCAUUUUAUCUUUUUAGCUAUAACUAAUAUUAAGACUGUUAUUUAAAUUUCUUAUUUUAUACAAAUAAUUAUAACUUAUAAGCAAUCAUGUCCUUUUUAAGAAUUUGAAUAUUUGUUCGAACAUGCAUAUGUAUCAAUAUUAUCUACGAAGAGUUUUUUUAUACGAAUAUAUAUUUUGACAUAAUUGUGAUAA